AUGGGCGAGCAUAAUCUUCUUAAUCCCGGGUUUGUGGGACCUUUGGUAAACAUCCACACUGGAGACACUUUUUACUUUCCGAAUUUCAGAGCCUCGGGGGGACAACUGGCGGGGCUACCGUCUCUCCCCUACCCGAGAAGGGACAAUGUUUGCUCCCUCCCGUGGAACCCAUCGGAGCCGUGCAAUGGAUACUCUCAAUCCUACUUUAGCAGCCCCGUAUCUAUUAACCCUUCUUUCAACCGGUCGUGUGAAAUUACUCGACCGGAGGAGGGUAAAUGUUAUUAUAGCAACGGCAGCGCAAGCAACAGAGAGAGCUGUUCCGGUGGUGGGGGGAGCAGCCUAAAACGAGAGGAUAGGGCGAGGGACACAUCAUCAUCCAUAACAUCUGAUCACGGUAUGCACACUGGCAUGGGCAGCAACAACAGUGGUGCCUUUUCCAAGUAUGAUUAUGGGACCGAGCAACUCACUCAAGACCCGCAGUCCUGCCUAUCUCUGGAAUCCGAUUCCAACUCCUCGCUUCUAAACGAGGGCAGCAAACCGUCCUCCAGCGACCCUCAGACCCUGGUGUCACCAGGAAACCACACGGUCCACUCGGGCAACAUAACUGCAGGCGGAGGUGCCCCGUGGUAUCCGAUGCACAGCCGGACCCGAAAGAAACGCAAGCCCUACUCCAAGCUCCAACUGGCCGAAUUGGAGGGCGAGUUCAUGCUGAAUGAAUUCAUCACCAGACAGCGGCGGAGGGAGCUCUCUGACCGCCUUAACCUCAGCGACCAACAGGUUAAAAUCUGGUUCCAGAACCGGCGUAUGAAGAAGAAGAGACUGAUGAUGAGGGAGCAAGCUUUGUCCUUCUUUUAGAAUUAGCAGAGAUGCAGCAGUAUACGGAGAAUCGACUGACUGGCAGUAUUUCUCCUGUCUGCGAGUGCUAUAAAUGCAUGCAAGCACCUAGCCUACUCUCACUCCAUCUCUAUCACACAGUAGGUACACAAAGAUCAGGAUGGUAUUUGAGGUGUAGGCCCCAAACAAAACGACCAAGUGAAUCUGCUGCCAUAACUUAGAAUCUCUGCAGAGUUGUGCCAGAUAGUACUUCCUGUAUAGUGUUGUGGUAAACCACUUAUGCAGACGUUUAUAAACUUGUGAGAUGAUAUUCUUGCGUCCCCCGCCGGAUAGGCCUGAAGGAUGGAAUUAGUGCUUGGUGUCCUAGACUCUGGUAAAUUCCCAAGCCCUUAAAAAUGAAUAAUUGAUUCUGAUAAAUUAAUUAUAACCGCGUAAUAUUCCUUAUUAGUCAU